AUGAAUGCUGGGACCACAGUCCAUGCAGGGACCUACAGAUGUUUUGUAUCUUACGCCUACAACCUGGCUCUCUGGUCAAGGCAGAGCGACCCCCUGGAGAUUGUGGUCACAGGAUCUCUGCUCUCUGUCAGCAGAAGCAACACCAUGUCACCCACAUUCAUCAGCUUGCUGUGUCUUGGGUUCUUCAUGGUCCAGAUCAUCUGCAUACAAGCGGGAGAUUAUGACAAGCUCUUUCUGUCUGCUUGGCCAAGCCCUGUGGUUCCUCAAGGAGGACAAGUCACUCUUUGGUGUGACUCUCUUCUUGGGUAUGACAUAUUCAAACUGUACAAGGAAGAUGGGGCCCAUGUCCCUGAGCUUCAGGACGGAAUGUUCAAAAACAAUUUUACCAUGAACUCUGUGACCACAGCACAUGCGGGGACCUACAGAUGUUUCAGGCCUUAUUUUCACUCCCCAAAGAGAUCAGCAACCAGCAACCCCCUGAAGAUCAUGGUCACAGGAGUCCACAGAAAACCUUCCCUCUUGAUCCAACCUGGUCCUGUGGUGAAAUCAGGAGAAAAUCUUACCCUGAUAUGUUGCUCAGAGUUCAUGUUUGACAGCUUCGCUCUGAUUCUACAAAGAAGUGUUGGGGUAACCGAGGACCCUUUAGUCAUUGCUGGAGAGCCCCAUGAUGGGGGCUCCCGGGCCCACUUCUUCCUGGCUCCUGUAACAUCUACCCAUGCAGGGACCUACAGAUGCUACGGUUUUCUCAGUCACUCCCCCUAUGAGUGGUCAGCUCCUAGUGACUUCCUGGACAUCGUGAUCACAGAUCUAUACAAGAAGCCUUCUCUCUCAGCCCAGCCAUGGCCUGUGGUGAGGUAAGGAGAGAACAGGACAUUGUUCUGCAGCUCUCAGAGCUCAUUUGACUUCUACCAUCUAUAUCGGGAGGGGAAGGCCCUUGAACGCCGGCUCCCCGCAGUGCAGAGCCACAAUGGCACAUCCCAGGCCACCUUCCCUCUGGGCCCUGCCACCCCAGCCCAUAGUGGGACCUACCGAUGCUAUGCCUCUUUCAGUGGCUCUCCCUACACGUGGUCAGCCCCAAGUGACCCACUGCACCUUUCUGUCACAGUGGUUCUGGAUGAGAAGAGAGAGGAGGAGGAAGAUGAGCAGGAUGAAGGCCACAGAGAACCUGAUCGGAGCGUUCUGGUACUUUUCUUGACCUUGGGAACCAGAGUUGUCAUGACUGAGCCAAAGAUGCCUUUUGACUGA